AUGGGGUUCGUCACGUUUGUGGAUCGCGUCGGCGACACGUUUCGCUGGAAGGGCGAGAACGUGUCGACGACGGAAGUGAUGAAUGCCAUGAACAAGGUGGUGGGGGACACGGCCUCCGUGCAGGAGGCGGUCGUGUACGGCGUCAGCGUCCCCCACCACGAGGGACGGGCUGGGAUGGCGCAGUUGACGCUCACGCCGCUGGGGGAGGCCCGCGUGCGUUCCGCAGCCGCUGCAAGAGAGACUGGCGCCAACGCUCUGCGGAUGACCCUUCAGGACGAGAAACGGUUCCUGCAGAACGAACUGUACGGUCUGCUCACUGGGGCGAAGGGUGGCUCUGCCGCGCUACCAAGCUACGCCGUCCCCGUAAGCGUGCGCAUAGACGAGGAAACGGUGGAGCAUGGAGGUAAAGGUGAGCAACCACGAACGCAAGAAACUCGUGCGUCACCGGAGAGUGGCGGGUCAUUCAGACAAACAGACUCUAGUCUGGCCACUGACAAGGCACGCACCACCACUUUCAAGUACCGUCGACACAUGCUUGUCGGCGAGGGCUACAGGUUCGCCAUCUGCUUUGAUGAGUUGGCUUCAUCGCGGGUGUACGUUUUGGUGACAAAGCGAGGCCUCUUGACUACAGUGGGAGUGGAGCCGGUCCCUCCGUCUCUUUCCUGCGGCUAUGUGCCGUUGAAUGCAAAAACCGUCAGUGUCCUUGGUGAGGAUUUGCAGAGCUGCGGGUGGUAA